GUAGUUUUUCAGAAGGAAAUAAAAGCUGCUCAGUAUUCUGAAAGAGCUCAUCCAAGCACAACCAUGAAUCGGCUGAUUCUGAUUGCAGGUCUCUGUCUUUCUCUGGGCGGUUUGGUCUCCUCCUCCAGACUGGUGUGUUAUUUCACCAACUUCUCCCAAUAUCGUCCCGGCCAAGGGGAGUUUUUAAUUCAAAAUGUUGAUCCGAACCUGUGCACCCACCUGAUUUACGCCUUUUCUGGUAUAAAUAAUGCAAAUGAGUUGGUCACCGUCGUAAUGAAUGAUGAUACACUCUAUAAAUCCUUUAAUAGACUCAAACAGAGUAAUCCAGACCUGAAGACACUCUUGGCAGUCGGAGGCUGGAACUUUGGAACAGAAAUAUUCACAAGAAUGGCGUCAACACAAGCUAACAGAAAUGCAUUCAUCCAGUCUUCUAUCAAACUACUGAGAAAAUAUAGUUUUGAUGGACUUGAUUUGGACUGGGAAUACCCCGGUGCAAAAAGUAGUCCCCCGGAGGACAAGCAGAUAUUCACGCUGUUAUGCAAGGAACUUUUCGAGGCUUAUCAGGCUGAGGGAACAUCAACUGGCCGGCCGAGUUUAAUGAUCUCUGCUGCUGUGUCUGCUGGGAAAGGAACCAUUGAUGCUGGCUAUGAAAUCGCGGAGAUUGCAAAGUACCUGGAUUUUAUUAAUGUGAUGACGUAUGACUUCCAUGGCACCUUGGAGAGUGUGACUGGACACCACAGCCCCUUGUACAAGGGAUCCCAUGAGACCGGGGACAAUGUCUACUUAAAUACUGACUUCGCCAUGCAAUAUUGGCGGAACAAUGGCAUACCUGUCGAAAAGCUAAAUAUGGGCUUCGCAACAUAUGGCAGGACAUUUCAUCUGUCCACUCAAUCCAGUCAGGUUGGAGCGGCAGCGAGCGGUCCCGCUUCUGCUGGGGCUUUUACAAGAGAGGCCGGAAUUUUGUCCUAUUAUGAGAUUUGCACUUUUCUUAAAGGGGCCAGUGUUCAGAUGAUUGAGGACCAGAAAGUUCCAUAUGCCGUCAAACAGAGUGAGUGGGUUGGAUAUGACAACAAAGAAAGUUUUGCAACUAAGGUCAGUUACUUAAAGGAAAACAGAUUUGGAGGAGCUUUUGUCUGGACUCUGGACUUUGAUGACUUUAAUGGGCAGUUCUGUGGACAGGGAAACUAUCCCCUCAUCAGCACCCUCCACUCUCUUAUGGCCAUAAAUCCUUCUCCCGCUCCUACUGGAGAAACCCCAAAUCCAGUGACUCCGUCUACAAACCCAAAUAAGCCUCAGCCCACCACUCGCCCCAACCCAGAUCAUUUCUGUGCUACAAAGCCUGAUGGGGUUUAUUCCAAACCUGAUGCCCCAAGAUCCUUCUACAACUGUAGCCACGGCGUCACCGGGAUCAUGAACUGCCCGGCUACUCUGGUCUUUAAGGACAGCUGCAAAUGCUGUGACUGGCCCUAACAGCUGGCACAUUCAUUUAUGUUACAGAAGGUGUGAUAGCUUUAGUGAAUAUGAAAGUUCAUUUUAAAAUAGAACUCAGGUUCUUGUGAGACUAUUCACUUUUUAUUAAAUUGAAGAUCUACCGUAAUUAAUUCCCAUUAAUUACUUUUUUCUGUCUUAAACAGCUGAUUCAACCUUUCUCUAAUAGAUUAAACACACAAUUGUCAUCCUCAAA